CAGUUAAUCAUACCAUUUGCGAACCGACCGUAAAACAUUCCAAAUGCUUUGCUUAAGUUGAAUCUUAUCGUAUCAGUCGCGUUCCACAUCGCAUUCCGUACGAAUCGCAACCGCUCCCCCAAUUCCGGAAAAUCCGAAAAAUGUCGGUGGCGUAUUUGGUGAUUCUAGCAAUUAGCCUGCUGUUGGACUCCACAUCCGCGGGCGUUCCCCUUCCGCGAUACGAGGCGCUCCUAAAGCAGCAGUCCGCUCCCGAGGACCCCACAUUGGGACUCUACGACGAUGGAGACAAGGUCGUCAAGUUGACGGUGGAAAACUUUAACUCCACCGUGGUGGACCAGAAUCGCGGAGCACUCGUCGAGUUCUACAACACAUACUGCGGACAUUGCCGCAGAUUUGCACCCACCUACAAGACAGUAGCGGAGCACCUGUUGCCCUGGUCUGAGGUGCUCAUUGUGGCCGCCAUCGAUUGCGCGGCCGAGGAGAACAAUGCCGUCUGCCGAAACUACGAGGUGAUGGGCUAUCCCACGUUGCGUUACCUUGGUCCCGGUUUCCAGCCGGGUCCCCAGCACUUUGGACAGAAUCUGAAGACGCAGGAUGUGAAUGAGAUCCGCGAACUGCUGGCUGGAAUGGUGGCCGCCGAGAACCUGACCAGCAGCCACAACAACUCCUACUGGCCCAACGUCCACUACCUCACGGAGAACGAUUCCGCCAGCAGCUUGUUCGAAGGUCUCAGCAGCGUUAAGCAGUACGUGGCCGUGGUCCACGAACCGGAGAACACCACUCUCGGCAUCGAGGUGGCUCUGUUCAUGACCCAGUGGCCAGCGGUGGAGGUGCGCCGCGUCAUUGAUCCCGCAGCUUCAGCCAAGUUUAAGAUAGAUCCCGCCAAUCUGCCACUGAGCCUGGUGAAUCGCCUGGGAGAGAUUGAGGCGUACGCGCCGGAAUAUGCCAACGGUGAAUCGUACGCCAAAAAGCUGGCGGAAGUGCUGGGCAAGAAGAAUAUUACCCCCAGACCAAUUAAGGUUCCUCAACCGGUGUCCACGCCGUCGAUAAAGAUCACCGGGCAAAACGAACUGAUCAAGGAAGUGCAGCGGAACAAGCACUUCGUCUACCAGGCGGACCUCGAGCAGGCCAUUCGCACGGUGCUACACAACGAGGUGGCCAAGGUGAGCGAGAUCAGCGGCGAGAAACUGCUUGCCCUCCAGCGCUUCCUGGCCGUGCUGCAGCGGUACAAUCCGCUAGGAGCUAAUGGUCAUCAGUUGGUGUCCAAGCUAAAGGACUACGUGGUCCAGUUUAACGAGGUUCUCACUGGCAAAGAGUUCGAGGAGGAGCUGAAGCGUCUGGAGGGGCAACAGUCACCUGUCUACUCCUCCACUCAUUUCGUGGGAUGUGCCGGCUCCAGUCCACGACUACGAGGCUUCAGCUGCUCCCUGUGGACCCUCUUCCAUUUCAUGACCGUCCAGGCGGCCAGAAACGAUGACUCGCAGGAUCCGCUAGAAGUCCUCCAAGCCAUGCACGGCUACAUCAAGCACUUCUUCGGCUGCACAGAGUGCUCCGAGCACUUUCAGGCAAUGGCAUCGAGGCGAAAAAUCUGGAGUGUGCCGAACAAGGAGGAGGCGGUCCUCUGGUUGUGGGCGGCCCAUAAUGAGGUGAACCAGCGACUUGCGGGCGACGCCACUGACGAUCCAGAAUUUCCAAAGAAGCAGUUUCCAUCACCGGAUAGCUGCAGCGAAUGUUACCGAUCGCCCGGCUCCAAAUCGGAGAACCUGGAGAUUGAGUGGAACAAGGACGCCGUGCUAGGCUUCCUCAAGAACAUACACAAUCCGCAGUUCGUAAGCCGGUACGGAGUGCAGCGGGAGGAACUGCUGCAUCCCACGGCGGAUAAGAUGCGGCAAAAGCGCCAGAUCUCCAGCGUCUUCACCGACAUCGACAUGCGAAUGGGCAUGCUACUGUACGCCUUCUGCAUCGUGAUGAUGGUGCUGGCCUUCAAGCUGUUCGCCUUCAAGGGUUAUCGCAAGAAGCCCUAUGGCCACGACCUUUUGGGCAAGGUUUAGGGUAAUCCACGGAAGCACUUCCAUUAAUUCUAAAGAAAAGACACCGAACAUUGAAAACCGGAAUUUACAUAGACCACCUCUUGAAUGUUUUGUAUUCGUGGCCGCUAGAGUUAUGUUUAAGAUAAAAGUGUGUGUAUAUAUGAACAGUCUUCUUCCAGUUGUAGUCCCUAAACAUAAUCGCUUUUUUACCACGACGAUGCACCUGAUUGUUUUAUUUUUUAGGUAUGCAAAUGUGAUUUUCCCUCCAGAAGUAUGUAACUCCCGAGUCCGUUUGAAUAAAAACGAUCCAUGCUA